AUGUUUACCACUCCCCUCUCCGACGCUUCGGUCCCUCCAAAUUUUGCAUCACCCACAUCCAGUCUCGGCGGCCAGGAGUCGGGUGUUUCUGCGCUUACUUUUAGUGGUCGCCGUGGCAGCAACUUAUCUGCCCUUCCUCGCCCAGCUCAGGUUGAGUCAGGCGGCCCAAAUGAAAUCCAACCAGCCUGCUCUCCCGGUUCGACCGUCUCCGCAUCAAAAUUCAAUCGCCGUUUCGGGGGUCCGUUUUUCCCAGUACAUGGAUUCAACGAUCUUUCUUCACAGGAGCGAUGCCGGGUAGGAGCCAAUUUUUUUAAAUACUUGGUCAUUUGUCUCACUUAG